AUGCCGAUAUGGGAUCCCCUUGUUCCCGUUGAGCGCGGUAUACAGCGCGGGCUUGCACGUCUUCCAGUACCCGUCAGCCACUGGCUUGGCUACCGACACAAGACAGAACCGCCCUCUCGCACAUGGGUUGUUUGUGUCUGGGGGUUCAUAGGCGCCUUUUGUGGGCUUAGUGUCAUUCUCGCCAUCUUUGGUCAUACGGAUUAUAUGAGGAGUCGCGCUGUACCACCGAUUAUUGCUUCCUUCGGCGCUUCGGCAAUCCUCUGCUAUGGCGCUAUCGAUGUGCCUUUCUCGCAACCACGCUCUCUGGUUUUUGGCCACUUCUUCAGUGGCUUGGUUGGUGUCAUCGUAGCAACCAUCUUCCAGUUCGAUCUGGAGAAAGAUCCCUAUCCACGACUGCAAUGGCUCGCAGCUGCUUUGGCGACAGCAAUUGCUCUCGUUGUUAUGCAUCUGACCAAGACGACCCACCCACCUGCUGGAGCAACAGCACUUAUGCCGUGUGUGGACCAGCACAUCUGGGCGCUGCGGUGGUACUUCCUGCCCGUCUUGCUACUGUCCUCGACGGUCGUGCUCGUUACGGCAGUCAUGGGCAACAACAUUCAGCGGCAAUAUCCCAAGUUUUGGGUCGCGCAGAUUCCGCCACCGCCACCAGCGCCGAAAGCUGAGGAGAAGAAGAUGGAAGAGAAGGAGGAGUCGUCUGAUGGAAGCGUGCGAGAUACACUAGGGGCUUUGGAGAGAGGACCUCUCUAG